AAUGUGUGCAUGGCUAAAUAUAUGUGGCUAACUUCACUCUCUGCAGGAAUUACUGGUCAUCACAGAGGGAGCAUGUCUUCAGUAGCAGUGCCAUUUUACCAGAGGAGGCACAAGCACUUUGAUCAAUCCUAUCGCAACAUUCAGACAAGAUAUGUAUUUGAGGAAUAUGCAAAAAGAAAGGCUGCUUCCAGGCAGGCUGCUUAUUAUGAAUCAUCUGGCUUGGGCAAGACAACGUGUAGGCUCUGUGCCAGGAGGGCACGCACCCUGGCGCACGAAGCAAUGCAGGAAUCCAGGAAAAGGAGUCAUGAGCAAAAGUCUCAUGUAAGUGAUGAGAAAAGAAUCCGUUUUGCCAGUGAGUUGUCUGCUUUGGAAAAAGAGAUUCACACAGCCAGGCACCGUGCUCGAGAGCAUCUGGAUAAACUUGCUGUGCAAAGAAUGGUAGAAGAAAGUAUGGCUCUGGAAAGACAUAUCAUUGAAGAAAGAAUAAGUCGAGCCCCUGAAAUUCUAGUGCGACUGAGGUCUCACACUGUCUGGGAAAAGAUGUCUGUGAGCCUUUGCUUUACUGUACAAGGAUUUCCAACCCCUGUUGUACAAUGGUACAAAAAUGAGGAAUUGAUUUCUCCUGCAAGUGAUCCAACAAAGUACAGAAUUGAAAGCAAAUAUGGAGUACAUGUGUUACAUAUAAACAGAGCUGACUUUGAUGAUUCUGCAACCUAUUCAGCAGUAGCGACAAACGUCCACGGUCAGGCAUCAACUAAUUGUGCUGUGAUUGUGAGAAGGUUCAGAGAGGAAGAAGAACCUCACCCAGCUGCGAUAAUGCCCUUCCACUUGCCUAUGUCAUAUGAUGUCUGCUUCACCCACAUUGAUGUCCAGUUUCUGGAGAAGUUUGGAGUCACUUUUGCAACUGAAGGUGAAACACUGACCUUGAAGUGUUCUAUGUUGAUCACUCCAGAGUUGAAAAGACUACGACCUCGUGCUGAGUGGUAUAGAGAUGAUGUGCUGAUAAAGGACUCCAAGUGGACAAAGCUGUAUUUUGGAGAAGGCCAGGCAGCUCUUUCCUUUACUCAUCUCAAUAAAGAUGAUGAAGGUUUAUACACCCUACGCAUGGUUUCAAGAGGUGGAAUCAGUGAAUGCAGUGCAUACCUGUUUGUAAGAGAUGCCGCUGCAUUGAUCGCAGGAGCACCAGGGGCACCAAUGGAUGUUAAAUGCCAUGAUGCUAACAGAGACUAUGUUAUUGUUACCUGGAAACCACCAAAUACAACCAGUGAGAGCCCGGUUAUUGGAUAUUUUGUUGACAAAUGUGAAGUAGGUUUGGAAAACUGGGUCCAGUGCAAUGAUGCUCCUGUAAAAAUCUGCAAGUAUCCUGUGACUGGUCUUCAAGAGGGACGUUCUUACAUAUUCCGUGUGAGGGCAGUGAACAGUGCUGGCAUUAGCCGCCCUUCGCGAGCCUCGGAACCAGUUGCAGCACUUGACCCUGUGGACCUGGAGAGAACACAAACUGUUCAUGUGGAUGAAGGGCGAAAGAUUGUGAUCAGUAAGGAUGACCUUGAAGGAGAUGUUCAGAUUCCUGGCCCUCCCACCAAUGUACAUGCUUCAGAAAUCAGCAAAACAUAUGUUGUACUCAGCUGGGAUCCACCUGUUCCCCGUGGCAGGGAGCCAGUGACAUAUUUCAUUGAGAAGUCCAUGGUUGGCAGUGGAAGUUGGCAAAGAGUCAAUGCACAGGUUGCAGUAAAAUCUCCUCGCUAUGCAGUGUUUGACCUUGCAGAAGGAAAACCAUAUGUUUUCCGAGUGUUGUCAGCAAACAAAAAUGGCAUCAGUGAUCCGUCUGAAAUCACAGAACCUAUUCAACCACAAGAUACUAUUGUUUUGCCAUCUGCACCUGGUCAAGUUGUGGCCACAAGGAAUACAAAAACAUCAGUUGUAGUUCAAUGGGAUAAACCAAAACAUGAAGAGGAUUUAUAUGGCUACUACAUUGACUAUUCUGUGGUGGGAUCAAAUCGCUGGGAACCCAGUAACCAUAAACCUAUUAAAUAUAACAGGUUUGUUGUUCAUGGUUUGGAAACUGGAGAGCAAUACGUCUUCCGUGUGAAAGCUGCAAAUGCUCUGGGAUUGAGUGAAAACUCACAGGAGUCAGAGGCUGUAACAGUUCAGGCAGCUCUUACUUGUCCUUCAUAUCCUCAUGGUAUCACUCUUCUGAACUGUGAUGGACAUUCAAUGACACUUGGCUGGAAAGCACCAACAUACAGUGGAGGUUCACCAAUCCUUGGUUAUUAUAUGGAUAAACGGGAAGCUAACCAUCAAAACUGGCAUGAAGUAAAUUCUUCCCUUAUUACCCAGACGAUUUAUACGGUAGAGGAUUUGAUUGAAGAUGCCUUCUACGAAUUCAAAGUUGCUGCUGCAAAUCUGGUUGGAAUAGGUCAACCUUCAGAUCCCAGUGAGCAUUUUAAAUGUAAAGCCUGGACUAUGCCAGAACCUGGUCCUGCCUAUGAUCUCAUGAUAUGUGAAAUUAGAAAUACUUCACUAGUUCUUCUGUGGAAAGCUCCUGUGUAUGAAGGCAAAAGCCCUAUUACUGGGUAUUUAGUGGACUAUAAAGAAGUAGAUUCAGAAGACUGGAUCACUGCUAAUGAAAAACCUACUCCAAAGCGCUAUUUUAAGGUCACUGAUUUACAUGAGGGUCAUACCUAUGUUUUCAAAGUUCGUGCAGUGAAUGAUGCUGGGAUAGGCAAGUCAUCUGAGAUAUCUGAACCAGUGCUUGUUGAGGAACGGCCAGGAACGAAAGAAAUCUAUUCAGGUGUGGAUGAUGAGGGUAAUAUUUACCUGGCUUUUGAGUGCAAAGAAGCAACAGAUGCAUCUCAUUUUGCAUGGGGUAAAUCUUAUGAGGAGAUUGAUGAUUCUCAUAAGUUUAAGAUUGAAACAGAAGGAAAUCAUUCUAAGCUGUACUUCAAAAAUCCUGAUAAAUCAGACUUGGGAACUUACUCUAUCUCAGUUAGUGACACAGAUGGGGUUUCCUCCAGCUUCGUUAUGGAUGAUGAAGAGUUUGAACGUUUGAUGGCAUUAAGCUAUGAAAUAAAGAAUCCAACAAUACCACUGAAAUCAGAAUUAGCUUAUGAGGUUCUUGAUAAAGGAGAAGUUCGUUUCUGGAUUCAGGCUGAAAGCUUAUCUCCAGAUUCUACUUUCAGAUUUGUUAUUAAUGAUAAAGAAGUUGAAAACAGUGAGAGGCAUAAAAUAAAUUGUGACCGUCCAAAUGGCAUUAUAGAAAUGGUGAUGGAAAAAUUUACAAUUGACAAUGAAGGUACCUACACAGUACAGAUUCAGGAUGGAAAGGCCAAAAACCAGUCCUCGUUAGUUCUCAUUGGAGAUGCAUUCAAGAAAGUAUUGGAGGAGUCUGAGCUCCAAAGAAAGGAAUUUCUCAGAAAACAAGGUCCUCACUUCUCAGAGUUUUUGUAUUGGAAGGUUACAGAGGAAUGCGAAGUUUUGCUUUCUUGUAAGGUUGCAAACACAAAGAAGGAGACUGAUUUUAAGUGGUAUAAGGAUGGUUCUGGGGUUGAUGUUGAGGAGCUACCCGAUCUGCAGCAGGGAGAAUGUCACCUCAGUAUUCCCAAGCUAUCUCGCAAAGAUGAAGGAGUUUAUAAGGCGACACUAUCAGAUGAUAGAGGGCAUGAUGUAUCUUCUCUUGAAUUAUCAGGAAAAGUUUAUGAUGAUAUAAUUCUGGCAUUGAGUGGAAUGAGUGGUAAGUCAGCCUCUCCGCUGAAAAUUCUUUGCACUGAGGAAGGAAUAAGGCUCCAGUGUUUCUUGAAAUACUACAAUGAAGAAAUGAAAGUCAGCUGGUGCCACAGAGACUCUAAGAUCUCUUCUGGUGAAAAGAUGAAGAUUGGAGGUGGAGAUGAUGUUGCCUGGUUGCAGAUAACUGAACCCACUGAGAAGGAUAAGGGGAACUACACCUUUGAAAUCUUUGGUGGCAAGGAAUCCUACAAGCGCACACUUGAUCUGUCUGGGCAAGCUUUUGAUGAUGCAUAUGCAGAGUUCCAGCGACUCAAGGCAGCUGCUUUUGCUGAGAAGAAUCGUGGAAAAGUCAUUGGUGGUUUGCCUGAUGUCGUUACUAUCAUGGAUGGGAAGACACUGAAUCUGACCUGUACUGUAUUUGGAAAUCCUGACCCUGAAGUGGUUUGGUUCAAGAAUGACAAGGCGUUUGAAAUUGAUGAGCAUUAUGCAUUUUCACUGGAACAAGGGAAAUAUGCCAGCUUAACCAUCAAGGGAGUGACUUCAGAAGAUUCAGGCAAAUAUAGCAUCCAUGUCAAGAACAAGCAUGGUGGGGAAACAGUGGAUGUCACUGUAAGUGUGUACAGACAUGGUGAAAAAAUGCCUGAAAUUAAGCCUGGCCAACUUGCUAAACCCAGGCCAAUACCACCAUCAGAAGUCCCCAAACCUGAGCAAAAGUGA